AUGCUUUAUCUCACCGCGGACAAGUUCCCAGUCUUCGUCCCAUUCGGCGUCAUCGGGUUUUACCGCUACCUGUGGUAUUGCAUCCGUUUGGUCGCCCGCUACGUGUACCGACCCAUUCCACUGCCCGAGACGCCAACAUACCGCGCCGACGAAGAUGUCACCAUCAUUGUCCCCACUAUCGACGCUGGAGAAGAGUUCCGUGAGGCCGCGCUCUCAUGGCUCGUCGGCAACCCCAAGGAGGUCAUCAUCGUCACGGAGGAGAAGAUGCUGGGCCCCCUCCAGGAACUCGCAAACUCGGUCGACCCUAGCCGCAUUAGUGUCCUGACGGUACCGUUUGCCAACAAGCGCCUGCAGAUGUCCCACGGCAUUCGUAACACGACCACGGACAUUAUCGUUUUCGCUGAUGACGACGCGAUCUGGCCUCCUGAGCUCCUUCCGUACGUCCUCGCAUGCUUUGAGGACCAGCAGGUCGGUGGCGUCGGUACCUCGCAGCGCGUCAAGUCGGUCGGCAACAAAAUGACUCUCUGGGAGGUUCUCGCUGGGUUCCGUCUCACGAUCCGCAACAUUGAGAUUGCUUCGGCCACUCACAUUGAUGGCGGCAUUCCGUGUCUCUCAGGCCGCACCGCCGCAUACCGCACCGUUAUUCUCAAGGACCCCGACUUCCUCCACGGUUUCACCAACGACCUCUGGCUCGGCAAGUACCACCUCAACUCGGGCGACGACAAGUUCCUCACUCGCUGGAUGGUCUCGCACGGCUGGAACACGUAUGUUCAGGUUUGCAAGGAGGCCGAGCUGCUCUCGACGAUGAAGCCCAACUGGCGCUUCCUCAAGCAGGUCCUGCGAUGGACUCGCAACACCUGGCGCUCCGAUUUCCGUUCUAUCUUUACCGAGCGCUAUGUCUGGACCAAGCACCCAUACGUCGCCUACACGAUGAUUGACAAGUUUAUCAACCCGCUCACCCUGCUUGUCGGCCCUGUGCUCGUCAGCUACCUGCUAUACAAGUCUACAAAACCCGUUGAUGAGGGCGGCUACCAUCUGCCGGCUUGGGACAUUGCGGUCUCGUACAUUGUCUGGCUCUUCUGCACACGUACCUUAAAGGUUCUUCCCCACCUCUGGGACCGCCCCAAGGACAUCAUCUAUGUCCCAGCAUUCAUUCUGUUCGGAUACUAUUUCGCCGUCAUGAAGAUUUACGCUCUUUUUACUCUCCACAAGACCGGGUGGGGCACUCGUUCGGGUAUCGGAGACCCGGCCACCGCCACGACGGCAGCCAUGAACAACGAGAAGCCCAGCCAUUUGGUCGAGACUGAACCUGAAUCAUCGCAGUCUCGGCCAUACGACGUUGAGAUGGCACAGAACGUCAACAACCCGUACCGGGCUUAG